GCCAUCGCCAUUUUUGUCUCAAGGCUCAGGCCGUCGUGGCCCGGGGGCCCUCCUUGCGCGCGCCAUGGAUCCUCUCGCCGCCGCCGUGGCGGGCUCCGUGCUGGCGCCGGGGCUGGUGCCCUGCGCGCCUCGGGUCCCUGCCCUGGACCUCGCCGCGGUGGCCGCAGGCCGCGGCCGUACCAGCAAACCGGAGGCGGAACCGUGCUGCCAGGACCACCCGCCGCGCAAGGAGGUGGUGCGCUCGGCGCCUCAGCAGCGAGGCCCCGGCCUGGGGGCGCCGGCCCUCCAGCGCUUCCCGGGGCACGUCCUCAAGGGCCUGGCCGCCUGGCACCCGCAGGAGCGCUGCCCCGCGACGGAGUCGCUGCUGUUCCCGGGCCUGACCGUGGCGAGCCCGCGGCGCGCGGGCGGCGGCCGCGGCGGCGGCGGCGGGAAGGCGGCGCCCAGGGGCUCAGCGACCUCCGCCGCCAUGGCCGCCGACGCGUGGGCCAGGGUGCGAGGCCUAGAGGGUCCGGGUGCCGCCGCCAAUGUCGGCAGCUGGACGGCGGGUGCUGCCAGGGUGGGGGGGGCGUAGGCUGCGCGCACCGCGACCGUCGUUGCCAGCGGUGUGGCACGUCCCCGUCCUAAGGUGCAGUGCCGUGGGCAGCAGACGGGGCGACACAGGCCACCUCAUGGGUUCCAGGCGGUGUAACUUCUGCCGCCUCGCGGGGCCGUGCCGCGGAUUUUUACCGACUGCACAUUUUAGUUGAUGUUUUUGGUCUGUCUGCCUGUUGCUGCUGCCCCAUCGGCUUCAUCAACGUGCGGCGCUUCACUUUCGGCGGACUGGCGCCAUUGUAUUGGCUCUCUCGUCGGCUCUGGGUGUCGAUUUGCCCGCUCCCGAAGACUAGCACAGCAAUUACAUGGCGUGCUCAUGCCACGAGGCUCACGGAAACCGACCUGUAAGCGGCGGGCGAACGUGACCAUUUGUCAUGGCCCAUGGCUCGCGGCAGCGGGCUCGCUCCUGGAUUAUAUGUCCAAAACUUUUAGUGCGCGCCUGAAGGCGGUUCGUUUAUCGUCUCUGUCGCCGCUUCUCCAAGUUCGAUUGGCCACGCACAUCAUGGCUGCCAGCUUGGACCACGCAGUUUUUACCAGCGCAAGCGGAGCCCUCUGGCAGAGGUGGGAGUA